ACAGCAGACAUUGUAAUUCUGUCAACUAUACUGGUGGUGAUCAUUUUUAUAGUUUUGUGUACAUUCUGGGACCUUGUAGUGAGAGCAUGCCAAAAGCGUAAUGAAGAGGAAAAAGCAUCUAACUCACUUGCUAACUUAGCAAAAGGAAUGUCAUUGUGUAGCAGCUGGAAGAAUCUCUGGAACAAUCAUCGCACAAAUAGUUCCAUUGCGUGCAUUGAUGGUAUCCGUGCUUUCAGUGCUCUGUGGGUCAUUAUGACCCAUAAAAUUCUCCAGAUGUCACAGGAACCAUGGGUCAAUAAAGUUAUUCUUCUUGAGUCAACACGUGACAUACCAAAGAUGCCACUUCUGAACAGUAUGAUUAAUGUAGAUUCAUUCUUUCUGAUAAGUGGGAUGCUUCGUGCGAUGAAUUUCAUGAGAGAUGUGCAACAACGUGGUGGAUUUUGGAUUGCCACAGGAAUUCUGCAGAGGCUCCUCAGGUUAACACCAGCAUAUGCAGUGGUGCUUGCAGUAUAUGCAUGUCUGUUACCAUAUUUUGGUUCUGGGCCUGAGUGGAAUACUCAAGUCGGUUACAACUCAAAAAUGUGUAAACAACACUGGAUGUUCAAUAUAAUGUAUGUUAAUAACUACAUAAACUAUGAAAAUAUGUGUAUGUUACAAUCAUGGUAUUUGUCUGCUGACAUGCAACUAUUUGUUUGUGCACUCAUUAUACUGAUACCACUGUACUACUGGCACAAAAUUGGUGAACUGCUGCUGGGACUGGUUAUUUUUGUGUCAGUAGCACUGCCAUUUGCUACUGUUCUCAUCCGACGGCUUCCUGGUCUCUACCAGCCCACCCAGCCGGAUGAUCAGCUUUAUGAAUAUAUGCGUGAUGUUUAUAUGGCAACACACAACAGGAUGACACCAUAUCUUGUCGGACUGGCUCUAGGCUACUUGCUCCAUAGGAUUAAGGGCCAGCCUGUUACUAAAAGUAAGGUACUCAUUGGUGUUGGCUGGACAGUGAGCCUGUUAGUACUGGGUGCAGUAGUGUGGGGGCCAUACCACCUGCUCCAGGAAUGUGCUAGCCUUACAACAACUACACUGGAGUCUGCUGCCUAUGCUGCUCUACAUCGAUUCACGUGGGCACUUGCCCUUGGAUGGAUUAUCAUUGCAUGUUACCAUAAUCUCCAAUUUGGAGUUAUAGGUGAUGCUGUCAAGGGCAUUCUGGAGAGCAGUACAUGGCAACCACUGAGUAGACUUUCAUAUUGCAUCUUUCUGACACAUAUUGCUGUCUUACUCAUUAAUAGUGGAAGAAUACGAACACCAAUCUUCAUGGAUGAGUAUCUUCUGAUGCACAGCUAUGCUGGAGAUCUGGCCAUUGUAUUGUUAAUAUCAAUGGCUCUCCACCUAUUUGUUGAAGCUCCUUCACUUUUUCUGGCUCGAACCAUUUUCAGUCGUCAAGGAAACCAACAGCAGUCUUCAAAAAUAGUGAAAAGUCAAACUCCACAUCAAAAAAAUACAGUAGACCAGAAGAAAAAACAACAGAGGUGGCAGCAUGUGUCUCCAACAGACAUUCCAACAUCAAGUGAAUGCCCUGUUGGUCAGCCAUAGCAAUUUACUCAAGAUCUUGGCAAAGUAUCUCUGCAUUGUAGAAACAUUAUCUCCUUCUACUAGUUACCUGCAUAGUGAUGAAGGGUAAAGUUUUGUUACAUAAACAACAAGAAUCUACUAGAAACUCAAGAUUAUU